AACAAACAGUGACGUCAGGCGUUUAAGUUAUACUUCAUCUACGCAGUCAUAGUUGUUUGAAAAUAUAUUUUCACUUUCUGUCUAUAUACCGCAGAAAAGAUUGAAGUGAGCUUUUGCGAUUUGCUUACUUACUUUUGAAUGCAUUUUGUGUCGUCUUAAAUGACUAUACUUCUCACUUUUUUGAUAAAAACAACUAUCGUUGCAAUCAUUGCCGAUAAUAUGUAUCAUAUGCUUCGCACGAAUAGUUUUAGAGUUGCAAAACAAAUUCAGUGAAUGCAAGCAAAACAAAACCGUCUUUUUAAAAACCGUGAACGUGUAUUAUCGUUAAGUGGAUGUUAUGUUGGAGCCGCAUCUCGAAUCAGCUGAGCGGGUGAGCGGAGAAAUUGUUAAAAAGGAGUCGUAUGCUGAAACUGCUGCCCUUUCCUUAUUGGAUGAUGAGCAUUUGGCUCUGGACCAAUGGGAUUGCUCUGAUUUAGAUGGCAGUUGUGUGGACCCAAACUGCAUCUCAUCGGAUGUGAAGGAAUCAAACAAAUCAGGGGUGGGGGCGUCGUCUUGUGCCGGAACGACAGGGGGAGGGGCAUGGCGAAGCAAAGUGAUCGCGGAUUUGAAGGAAACGUACAAUAUUAAAUACCAGUUCAGAAAGCACUUCUUGUGUACACAUGCGAGAGUCUCAUCUAUACUGAAGCUCAUCUUCUCAUGCAGUAUCUCGUCGGACCUGGAGGAGGAUGGACUGGUGUCCUCGUCGGAUGGUGCUUCUUCUACUAGUGGUGGUGGUAAUAUUGGGAAGCAGCAGAAGGAGAGGGAGUACUUCACAGUCACCAUCACCCCAAUCCAGUCCCACAUUAUCCUGACUGAAGAGAGUGCACGUACCAACCUCGCCAAAGCUAAGAAAUUUGUGCGGAACAACUACCAUGAAGGUCCGUUCUACGAGAGGACUUUUGGCUUCCCUGCUGACUCCCUCAUCUGCUAUUGUCUGAACGGACUCAUCUGGAGGUAUGCUCUGGACAUCACUCUGGAAAGUGAGAUGAAAGUGUUCAUCCGCUCGGCCGGAAACCGAGACAGACCGGAUGAAGGCAAGGAGGAUUACGAGGCGUGCAAGCAUGCGAUAUGCAAGUUUCUUCUGAUGGAAAAAGAGAAGAAAAAUAAUUAUGACCCCAACUUCAAACAUGGUCUGGGUAACUGCAGUAGUGACGAUUGGGCGAGUUUGCCAGAGAACAUAGCCAAGUUUCUUCCGUCACGAAGACACACUAUGUACAAUGGCGUUCUGAAGAGCUGUGGAGUAGAGAGUCGAUUCUUUGUGCCAGGGUUGAGACAUGUGAUUCUAGACGUCAGCAACAUUGCCAUGGUACAUGGUCAGGAGAAGUUUUCAUGGCCAGGAGUAAAGAUCGCCUACGACCACUUCUGUGAUUUGGGCCACGAGCAACUGACUCUGAUAGUGCCACACUUCAGACGACACAAGACCACGAACCCAGCUGAACUGGAAAUCAUCGAAGAGUUCGAGAGGAAAGAUGUGCUCAAAUACACGCAGUCUAGACUGCCCCAGUCGAGUACACACGAUGAUAGAUUCAUGUUACAGCUGGCGCAGAAGGUGGGUGCAGUGAUAGUGUCUAAUGACAAGUUCUCUGACUUGGCCAGAGAGAACCCUGCAUGGAGGGAGUUGACUAGAGACUUCGUCUGCACCUUCAUCUUCGUCAAAGACGUGUUCCUUCUUGCACUGGAUCCGCAAGGAAGAGAGGGCGACAGGCUUCCUAGAGUGCUGAGAAAGUUCGACCCUAAGGAGGUUUGCUGUGGAACUGCGGCUAUGUACUGCAAGUUCGGAGAGCUGUGUAACUACGGCAAAAAAUGCAAAUACUUGCACAGGACGGUUAAAGAGAAUAGACGCAUGCGCAGUAAGAGACACCCUUCUGGUGCUUCGAAUGCUUCGACCAGUUCCAGUGGAUCCUACGGAGGCUACAGUUUAGAUGACAGCGAUAGUGUGUCUCAGAGAUUCCGGCCAUCUGGAGCAGGUUCCAGGGAUACAUCGACAAUGUAUGGACCGCCACCAGCUAUUACAUUGCACGAGGCGUACAUGCAGGGCCAGAAUGCUGCUGGUGGGUCUUUGUCGCAUUUCGGAAAUGGUCAAAGAGUGGGACUGGGAAAUGUGGGUCUGCCAAUGAACAAGUCUCUUCAUAACUCGGGUAGUCUCUACCCACAAGAACACAGAUCGGACUUCAGCGACUGUAGUUCUCUGGCCUCGUCUGGCCGAAACAGUGGCAGUAUGAUGUCCCUGCUUUCAACUGGCUCCUCGUCCAAUCGUGGCUCGGGAUCCCAGCAUGGUGAUAAUUUGUCUCUGCUGAGCGGACACACCAGCUUUGUGCUAGCCCCAGUUUAUGAAAGUCCCCUCGACGACAGCCGCAACGCAAAUGUUAGUGACACUGCGAGUAUGUAUGGAUCAAUUGCAACAAUGGACUCUUUUGACAAUAGCACUGAUAUGUCGAAUCUCUCGACAUCCUACGCUGCCAUGGCCCACUCAAGUAAUAACCAAGUCAUGCAAUCAGUGCAGCAACAGCAGAUGAUUUACAUGCCGGGCCAGUUUCAACAGCAACAGCAGUUGGUAGCUGCCCAACAAAAUGUAUCUAUUGCAGCAUUGAAUGUGCAAAUGGAAAACAUGUCAACCGGUCGGAAUAACAAUGUAGGCAAUGGUGGUUCCGGAGCCAUUGCGAGGAAUGGCAACGAAAUUGCGCUGAAAAAUGACUACAUAUAUCAACCGGAAGUGGAGGCUAUAACAGACAAGGUAGGUAGUCCGACUGCGGGAACUUCGGCUGAUGCAUCUUCCCAGGGAGAAGCGAAUAGUGGAAAUGGGAACGAGGAACUGGAAGAUAAGACAAAUUCCAAAGAUGGAAAUCCGACACCCGAACAACGGGCCACGGAGGAAAGCAAGAAAAAAGUUGCACUGCAUUUGGUACCGGGAGAAAAUGCUACAAAUACGGAAGAAAGUGAAGAAGCGGAUGUUGAUAUUUCGAGAAAUGAAAUAGGCAUGUUGCUACAGGCUAAGAUCAACCUACAGGCGGCCGCACAGACAAUCGCGCUGGUCGCGGAAUUGUUUCCGGUCUCACUUUGCCUGCUGGCCAGUCAAUUGCACCCGGGAAUCAAUACUCAAAAACAGAAGUUCUGCAUGGUGGUCAGUGGUAUGUUCCAAACCUACCAAGCACAGCACUCUGAUGAAGUGCUGAACAGCACUGAGUUCUGGGAUCCAAUGUUGAACAGUGUCAACAGAUCUGUAAUUGUGGUGAUAAGACUCCUGAGGCACUCAGGCUAUCCCCUCUUUAAUAUUUUAAUGAUGUUCCCCGAAGUGUUGUCUGAAAAAACGGAGAAGACAGCGACCUUGACUGCUCGAGACAUACGAGAAAGAAUUCGACCUUUUGUGGGUGUAUGAUUGUGCUCUGCUGAGUUCUUGCAAACUGAUUACUGGCAAACACAACAUCUUCCGAUUAUUUGGUGUGGCUGCUGCACGCGAAGAAGAUGACAUGACUGAUCACCGCCACUUUGAGGCGACUAUUUAAUCUAAACGUGAAAAUUUCUUUUUAUGGAACCCGUGGACCUGCAAAUUGUAACUGGAACCAUGACAUAUUAUUUUCGAAAUGAACUCCUAAAAUUAGAUGAAAUUAGAAUUUGGUGUUUUUGUAGCAUCAACCACGUAAUAAAUGCACGGACAUAGCAGAUCAGAUCAAAUGAUUGAUGAAAACUAUCUAUCCACUAGAUCUAAUGAGAAAGACUGAAGAACUCUUUCCUUCUUGCAUCUGUGUUCACUUUUAGUUGCACACCAUUUUCUAUUGUGAUGAGCUAAUCUGAAAAUGAUUUUAUUAUUACCAAUAAUUGCUUUGGUUUUGGACACAUGACUGAUAUUUAUGAACGCUCGGCGACAUGGAUCAAACAAAUGCUGAAUGCGGUUAAAUGAAUUAAAAUAGAAAUUUGAAAAAUCUGACCGAAAAGGUUGUUAUUCAACCGUAGGUGGUUUACGUAAAAUUAUACAUUGGCACUUAUCAUUUUUGUCCAAAAAUAAUGCAAGUUAUUUAAUUCUUGUGUGUAAUGCAGUAAAUAAAUAAAGAAAACUGAUGGUGGUACAAAAAAACGCCUGGACGCUUUGAUGUGCUAUCUCAAAAAAUUGUACCACGAUCUAAGUUCUGGCUCUUAUAGAAAGACGACAGAAUCUGAUUUGAAUCAUUGAGUUAUAUUUGAAAUGUGCUUGGUAAGAAUUCUCCUUUUAUCUACUUUGUAACCAAAAGAGUAUUUUCCGAAUAGAUUUACGAACUUC